AUGCUCUCCUACGCCACCAUCAACGUGAAAUCUCACGUCCCGAUCGUCGUCAACCUCAAGCUGCCAAACUUCACCAAGUGGUCUGCCUUCUUCACUGCCAUGUGCGGCAAGUUUGGCCCGCUAAGUCACAUCGACGGCUCCAUCCCACCCCGGCCCACUGAUCGCAAUUGGUCGCAACCUGACGCCUGCAUCCGGAGCUGGAUGUAUGGCUGCGUCGACGAUGGUGUCCUCGAACUUGCCAUGGAGCCAGAUCAGACGGCACACGAUCUCUACGUGGCCAUUACGGCUCUGUUCCAGGCGAACCAGGCCACCCGCGCGGUUGUCCUGGGACAGGAGUUCCACACCAUGGUGCAUGGAGAUCUCACCAUAGACGCUUACGCCCAGAAGAUGAAGCAGAUAGCUGACGCCCUCCGCGAUGUUGGCCAAGCCGUCUCGAAGCCUCAGCUUGUGUUGAAUUUGCUUCGUGGUCUUAACCCACGAUUCGCAAAUUCUACGGACAUCAUCGCCAACUCGGCGGUGCUUCCGUCAUUCACCUCAGCGCACAAUACCCUCCGGCUCAAGGAAAUUCACCUCGCCUCCGAUGCCAAGGUCUCCUCCGACACUGCCCUUACUGCAGUCGACACCUCCGUCCUUGUGCCCAGCUCCUGCUCGUCUCUUUCCUGUCGCUCCACCCCUGCCCACCCCAACCGUGGUGGCGGUAUCGGUGGUGGUGGCAAGGGUAAGGGCAAGGGCAAAGGGAAGGGCAACGGCGGUGGUGGCCGCUUCUAG